AGCAAGCUCUACCUAAUUGUUUAGGGAUUCGAAGUGUCAAAAAGUGCCACUGUUGAACUGCUGAUAGUAGAAUAUAUUCAGCAAGGCCUCUUGCGCAAGUGUAAACAGCCAAUCGAGUAGCGUUUCCUUCUGCUGGCAAUGGCACCACCGAUUGUAGCUGCGGCUGCCGUCGCUUCCACACCCUGCUCGGUCAGAGACUCAUCGGCGGUAGGCUCCGGUAGUGUCACUCCGCUGGCUACCGGCAGCAGCCAAAGCCACGGCAGAAAUAUCAACAUCACCGAAGAAACAUUAAAGCUAAUCGCUUGCGUCAAGGCAAGACCGGCGCUCUGGCAUCGGAAGCAUCUUCGGCAGCGCGUUCAGGUUGCGCAUCGCGGUUGGGAGGAAAUUCGUGAAACAUUCAACUCCGCUGAUGUGACAUCACUUAAAACCCGCUGGAAGACUUUGCGAGACAGCUUCCGUCGAGAAGUGAAACGUAUUGAAGAUGGCGAUCAGGAUAAGUCUACAUGGCCUCUGUACAAUACGUUGUCAUUUCUGAUUGGCCAUUUCCGUACGAAAGAAAACUACUGCCACGGUGAUUCACAAUCGCCGGACGAAACAAAUAAGGAGGAGAACAAAGAGCAUUGGCAGUACGGCGUGGAUGGCGAGCACGAUCCUGAUUACAACGAAACCAUUCAAUCGAUAUAUCCCGAAGCAAAAAGGAGACGGUAUGAAACUGUGUCUACCGCCGAAUGCAAUUCGCUUGCCGAAGAAAGUGAUCCGGAAGAUCUGAUCGCGAGCUUCCAGAACGUUUCGAAUGCCGAAUCGUACGAAAAUUUGCAAAUGGAAGCCGCUCGCAGCUGCGAGGUAAUUGAGGUUUACCCACAACAACACAGAGAGGUAACGUUCAAAAAUCGACUGCGCGCACGCAUGAAAACGGAACCGGUUGAGUUGGAAGAGCAAACUGUUGCACACGAUGGAAGCGUCAAACUGGACUCCGACUACAAUUUUCUGAUGAGCCUGCAUCCGUUCCUGAGACGAUUGUCUGGCAAAAAGAAUCUCUCGCUAAGGAUUCAAAUCCAACAAAUGAUUGCUGAUGCAUUGGAUGAGGAUUAG